GAACCAGAGUAUUCUGUCCCUAUUUAUCCUGUAAUGAACUUGAGAUUCAUUGGCUUAAUAGCCUUCUAUCAGAAGUAUCUUAUCUAUAAUUGUGUAUCUUUUUACACUCACCUGAUUUGCUACUUUUUCAUUUAUGAUACUGAAAAGACAUCUUUCCAGGUGUAACACCUCGUUUAAAUUCUUAGUGUUACACGGUUUCUUCACUAGUUGUAACUUUUUGAUUUUUAGCACUUAGCAGCUUUUGAAAGUCUGUUUGUUUUGGAAGAGUAUUUUCAGGGAUCUAGUAUUUAAAGAUCAGCUAAAGCUUUUGAUUCCCCCCCCCCCACCUUGACGUGAAGAGCUUUGGACUAGGCUGUCUUUCUUUUUGCUGUGUGUAUGAAAAUUAUAAUUGUGAGGAAAACGGGAAAUAGUCUGUAGAACCAGCAAAUCCUGGCUGCACAAUAAAAUCUACAGGGAAACAUAAUUUGAGAUAUCUGCUUAAAAAAACUAACAAAAAACUUGUCAGUGAGCACUUUUAGUGUUCUAGUGGAAUGUUUGGCAUCCGUGCUGUUUGUUGUCUGAGUUUCAUAGUCUUCAAGACAGAAAACCUUGGAUUGCAGUAAAAAAUGUUAACAAACUCAGUAUCUUGUAACUGUUAUGGGAGUAUUUCACUACAAAUCACCUAAGUGACCAGCCUGCUUUACUGUGUGGAGUUGAUUAUUCAGCAUUUCCAAAGAUGAAGAGGAAAGCUGCAAAAGCUGGGAAAUUGAGGCUUAGUCCUAAUGAAGAAACCAUGCUUAUGAAAGAAGAAUAUGAAAGGAGAAGAAAACUGAGGCUGCAGCAAGUUAGAGAGCAACAGAAGGAUAUUGCCUUGCAGAUAAGACAGAAAGUAAAGCAGAGGAGAGAAGAGCAACUACGUAAAUUGGAGGAAGCACUGAGAGCUGAAUGGCAGAAAGCACAGGAUGAAAAGAUGAAAGCCUUAGAGAAACUGUAUUUAUCAAGCUUAAGAGCAAUUGGUGAGGGUCACCGACAAGCCAAGGAACAUGAACCUGACUUGGAAGCACUGGCAAAACAAGCAGAGGAGAGGAAACAAAGAGCAGAAAAGAGACAUAGGAAAGCCAUGAAAGACCAGAAGCACCAAAGAGAAAAAUUACUUCGUGAGCAAGCCCGACGAGCAAAUGCACGCAAACAUGCUUUAGAAGUCGAAAAACAAAGAGCAGCCAAAAUUGCAAGCCUGCCACCUCCUCCACCACAUCCUCUUGAGAAUUUUGAAGUGAAAAAGACUCCUGCAGUGAAGCCCUAUAGUGCUGACAACUUUUCUGUUACACGGUAUCAUAUUUCUGAACCUUUUGUGGACAGAGAAGUGGAUGGAGAGCAGCCAGAUGCUCGGGUGGCCGCUGAAGAAGAAGGGAACCGUUUGGAAGAACUGCACAGAGAGGCAGAGAGACAGAGAAGAGAGCAGCUUGAAAAGGCACAUCUCAGAGGAACUUAUGCCUUGAAGAAGGUCCAUUUGGCUCAGGACAGGGAAAGGCUACUGAAAGAACUUGAGCAAAUGCAGAAUAUGGAUCGGAUGCGCAGAAGACAGAUUGUAGCACAGAUGCCACCUCAAAUUUUUGUGCCUUCAUGCAAACGCAUGGAAAUAAAAAAAGAAUGGCAGAGAGAACUGGAGUUUGCAUUUGAAGAUAUGUACUGUGAAGACAUGAAAAUGGAAGAAGACAUGAUUUUGCAGUUUCAGCCACAGCCUUUGCCAGCCCCUUGUGAUAGAUAUCAAGACAAUGACCUAGAUAUCUCUUUGGAGCAAGAGUCUGCUUGUGACAGUCAACCAGAACCUGCUUGUGAUACUCGACAAGAAUCGGGACAGAUGAUAGAAGAGGUCCCCAAUGAAUUAGAAAAUCAUGAAGAAGCAAAACCUCGCCAACCUCAGCCAAAAAUUGCCUUAAAGAAAUUGCUGAACAAGAUUAGAAGCCAAAAAGAGGAGUGGACAUCAAAAAGUGAGAAAGAGACUCAAAAUGAAAUUGAGACUAUUGAAUCAGGCACAAUUGCUAGCAAAGAGAGACCAUUAUAUGAUUUAGAACCUAACCAUGAGCAGCAGAAAAUUACAAUGUGUGAAGCCAAAGACUCUGAGGAAAUUUUGGAAAAUACAGUUGCAGCUGAAAAUUCAGUUCUAAUCCAUCCUCAAGAACAAGCAGCUAAAAUUAGAAUGGAAAAGGAGAGGCAAAAGUGGAAUGAGCAAAUUGAGCAACAGAAACAGGAACAGCUGGCCUUGCUUAAACAAAUUGAAGAAGCAAGAGCACGUUUGGAGGCUGAUUUUCUGGUGAUCCAAAUGAAAACCUGUUUGGAGGAGGCUAAGAAAAAAAAAGAGGAGGAAGAGCGAAGGCAGCUGGUACAAAGCCACAGUGUUCCUUCUACAGAUCAGCAGAACAAAGUGGAACACGAGACUGGAAAUACUCCUGUCUCAGAAACCAAGAGUCCUACAGAAGACAGGCAUUUACAGAUGAUUCGUAAUUAUCAACAACGACUUCUACAGCAAAAUAGGCUGCACAAACAGACCAUUGAAGAAGCUAGAAGGCAUCUACAGGAGUAUCAGAAUAAAUUGAAGCAAAGAUACUUGUCUUCGACUGCAACACUUCUGAGCUCUGUGGAAACCAAAUCAGUUAAUUUAAGACCUGUCUCAGAACCACUUCUCCAGGGGCAAGGACUGCAGCCAACACAGCAUCAAUCUCCUCAACAAGUUCGUGCACAAGAGUAUGCACGGUCACUACCUGUGUUUUCAGGAACAUUGCCAUCUUCACAGAAAUAUGAAGAUCAAACACAUAACAUUAGUCCUGGCAGACAUGUGCAGUUUGUGGAAACAUCAAAAUUGAAGCAUGGAGAGUUUAACUUGCCGUGUUGCCGUCAUUCACAGGAGCAAGUGGGAACAUUGGAAACCUGCAAUAAUCAUGUCAGAGAACCGUCUCGGUUCCAGUUACCAUCAGAAUUAGUCAUGAAAGACGUUACUGCAGUAAGAACACAACUGGAAGCGUGCAUACAACAUGUUAAAUAUCUUUUGCCUGCAGAAGAUUCUUCUGAGCCUUCAGAAACAGUGCGCUCUGAGUCAUCUCAGAAGAUCUCCAAUCAUCAAGCAAAGAGAGAGCCUCCACUUAAGGCACCCCUCAUGCCAGCAGCAAAGGGAUCUCCUGUAGUUCAGGCAGCCUCAGCUGAUUCUUCAGCAUGUUGGCAGGGAUCUGCAGAGAGCAGCUUUAAAAAAAGCCUUGAACAGCCCCUCAGUCUUGCUGAUUCUGUGACUUUAUCUCGUGAAGAAUCUAAAGCCAAAGAUGUUGAGGAAUUAUUGAUACCAAAACCAGGAAGUGCAUCUUUGUUGAAUUAUGCUGGUAUACUGAAUUUAAGAGACAGCGUGUUGGCCUCAUCAGAAAGCAUCCAAGCUCAGCAGAAGUAUUUGAAAGAAUUGCAAGAACAAAUAGAUGCACAAAGGGAAGCUCUUCUUGCCAGACAGAAAAUACAAGAACAACUCCUUUUACAGAAGCAAGAGAAAUUGAAGGAACAGCAAGAGGCUUUGAAAGAAUUUCUGAACAAGCAGGUUAAACAUAUCUGCACAAAUGAAGAUAUGACAGAGGCACAAAAGCCUGACUGGAUGAAUAGGACUGACUUUUUCCAAGUCUCGGAAAACUACCAGCAAGAGGAUUUUGGCAGGAGUGACUUUCACAGAAGCGAUAUGAUUUCACAGUACAUCAGUUCAAUUGAGCAAAGUGAACAGUCUGAGAAAGUUCUAUGUAGAGAACAGAAAUGGAGAUCUUCCAAACCACCUGUGGCAAAAGUCAAGUUAGGACUUGAUUUGGAACAACAUGAACUUAGUGUUAUACCAGAGGUAGACACACCGAAGAGUUGCAGCAUGUCUUUUGCAGAGAAAAGAGAUUCUGUUGGUGGAGAAUCUUCUCCCAUUUCAACCGCUGUGGAGUUUGCAUGUGUGGAUGGUUACAGUCAUGCUCUUCAUGAAGAAGACAGGUUACCUUUGAGCAUAACAAAGUAUGAGGAACAAAUCGCUAAUGGAAGUCCAAGGCAAAGUAAACAGUCAAGUAGAUUAUUACAAGAGGUGCUGAUGAUGACUGCUGAGAAUUCAUAUGAUUCAGCCCUGUCCCAGGAUUCUCAAGUGGCUCAGGAUUCACCUGGUCUUGCUGCCAAAAUUGGAGAGGGAGUUACAGUGCGUUCUGGACCAUCAGUCAGACUUACCAAUACGGAAGUGCUUUCUGAAGUAGUGAGCACGAACUUAGGUUCUGAGGCUUUCGUGAGAGGAAUACCCUGUGACUUAUCUUCAACAAUUUCCAGCGGAAGCUUUUUGACUAGUGAAACGUUGGAUGCAAGUCCUGCUGGCACGGGAUUGUCUUCUGAUAGUACAGAAGAUGGAGCUUGGAGAGAAACAGCAAGCCGCCCUUGGAACUCUUUGCUGCCCUUGCAGCAAAGGCGAGCGAAUUUGUCUGGAGUAUCUGAAACUCGGUUGCCUGAAGAAGGGAUGCACCUUUAUAAAGAAAGUCAGAUCUGGCAGAUCUCGAGGAAGUGUACUGGACACUUGAACUCUUACUCGGAGGACAACACACAUUUCCAAGCUCUUGCAGCUGAACUUGAUUUUCCUAAAACGGAGACACCUUUUCUGAACUUCAAUCGCCAGCCCUUUCAGCCUCUGGAACCAAGUCUUGACUUUGAUACUUCGUCGUCGUCGUCUUCUCAAUACAGAAUUUCACAAGACAGAGAAUUUAGCAAGACUUCGAAAGUUUCAACAAAAAGUCCAGACAAGGCUGUGUUUCUAGAAGUGGGAAACUCUAGUUUGAAUAGACAAAGAAACGGUCUGCUUUCUGCUCUUGAAACAAACAGGUUGAACAUUACAGCAGCAUCAGAGUCCAUUAAAGAAAAUAUUUCUCCAGGAUCUGAAGAAUCUUUUCACCCACUGCAACUGGAAUCUGCUCUGAGCCAUUACAGUCAGAAUGCUGAUCAGCCAGAGGCCCCUAAUGCGAUGUUACAGAGACCUUUUGAACAAACCUCUGGAAGUAAGAAAUGGGGCAGUGAGAAUUGCGUUUCAUCUGCCAGAGAAUAUGAGGAACUGGCGAGAAGUAUGGACCACAUCAGUCUCCAGUGUUCAAUCGAAGAUCUGCAAAAUGAAAGUCUGACUCCACCGGAAAAGCAAAAAUCAUUUUAUCAGCUAAAUACCACACUGGUUCCACUGGAUGAAACUUUGCCUCAACGUUUACUAAAAGAGACUCUGUCUUCUGAAAAAUUACCAGGGGAGGCAUUUGAUAAGAAGUAUGUGAAGCUUUCUGAAAAUUCAGUUCAUGUACAUGAAGCAGAUAAAGCUGUGGAACUGGAUUCUCAGUACAAUACAAAUAAAAAGGAGCCAGAUCAAGACUUUCCCGAAGCACAAAAAUUGUUGGGGGUUCCCAGAGAAACCAACUCGGAGCAUUCAGACAUCCAUUUACAGAUUGUUGUGCAACAGAAUGGUUCUUCCUUGGAAAGACAUGAAAAGCCCAGAAGCUCCUGUCGUAUUCCAGUCUGGGAGACUGAGUCAGGGUGUGGCAUUAUGGAGGAACCAGAGCUCACUCUGGUAAGCUUGAAUGACAUCAGUAUUGCAGAAUUGGACACUGAACAUGCUAACCAUGAGAAAAUUAAGGAGGAUAAAAUCAAUAACCCAACAUCUGCAGAUCGGUCUGAAUUUAAUGCUUUUACUGAGGAGAGAGAAUUUUUACCACUAGCUCCAGAUGUGGAUGAUUUGACGUCUCUAAGGCCCGAUAGUUAUUCCGUUGCCCAGAGUCCCAGUGACAAUCACUUGCCAUCACAUCAGCCUGCAGUGAUGCUGCUGGAAUUUGCGGCUACACCAGGAAGUCUGCAAGAGUCUUUUUUAAAAAGAAAGAAGAACUUCAUCCAGAAAUCUCUGAAAAGAGUAGAAGAAAUAAAAACUAAAGAGAGAGAAAAUGAAAAGCCAGAAGCCAGACAGCUUCAAAGAGGAAAGUCUGAGAAGUUAAGCAGGCAAAAGGAGUCUCUUCUUGUCUCUGGAAAAAAAGGUACAGUUGCCAAACAGUUGAAGAAAGUAGGAGAAGUGAAAGUGUCUUCUCCAGAGGACAGGAAGGCUGGAGAAACUGAAAUGCGCCAGCGUACUUCCAGACUCUAUAAUCAACUCACAGAAGUAAAAAUGGGAAAGGAAGAAAAAGCAAGGCAAGAAACUUAUGCUAAAAACAGAGAAAAGGCUAAAGAGUUUCAAAAGAAAAUGCUGGAAAAGCUACGAGCCAAGAAGACUCGGAAAGCACCAUGACUGGCACAAGACUUCAAGCAACAAGAAUACUAGUGUGUUGGUACAAUCUUGAACCACUGAAAAGAAUGCUGGUUUCAUUAAGGUAUUGGGAGCGAUUAGGAAUCCCCAGCUUUAAUCUGUAAGGAAAACUCUAAGUAAAGGGAGUCUUGUGUGUCAGAGAGCACUGCAGAAACAGCCAGACUGCUUUAAACACUGUCUCAGAUUGAAGAGACUAGCACUGCAAAAAGCCUUUCUUGCUGUGCAUCAGUGCUUUAAAGGGAGAUCAUGCCGACUUCUGUAAUAUACAUCUAUAAAACGUUUUCAAAUAAAGAUUUUUCUUAUAAUUACUCAACUCCUCAGGCUGUAAGACAUUAAUUUCUUUUGUAAAGCUGAAGUUUUUAUCAAUUCUUCCUACUAUAUCGGUUGAGCACUGGGUUCCUACAGUCAGGAGGUACCUCUUAAAAACACCUGAAUGCUGGAAGCAAAUAAAACCCCUAUGCUGUUUCCACAUGUAGUUUCCUGAGCCCCAAUUCAAAGCUAAGUAAUUACAUCAGGACAAAUUCAAAGCUCAACUUUUGCUAUAAAGAUGAAUUUUUAUCAGCAGGUGGAUGAGUUGAGCCAUUUCAUUAGAUGUGCUCUUGUUUAAAAUGCAGAGACAAGUCUUAGCUGCUCAAUUAAUUACAUUUUAGGCUUGCUUUCACUAAUUUCAGUCCACGGUGCAGUUGCAUGCGCUGCAGUACCUAACACAAUGUUACACAUACUCCAAGACAGAACAAGCAACUCCCAUUUUAUGGAUGUAAACAAGGUGGAUGCUUUCUAAAAUCAGAUGAGGUGUAGUACUUUAGUCUCAUCUUCACCCUAGUGCUGUGCAAGGGCUGCUCUGGUUCUCAGGUGUGAACAUUCUUAUGGUGAGAAAGGAAGAUACAAAGGCUGCACUUUGUUGCCAGCAAGACACAGGUGAUCAGCCACCACCAUCCGCUCACCUCCCACCAUCUGCUUCCAGUACAGCAGCAGGAAAUCAUCCCAGGCUGCAGCAUUCAGACAGUUUUAUUUAAUGCUCUGACAUUCUGUACAUUGCUUCAGAGUUUUAGCACAGUUGAGUUCAGUUCCAGGGAAAUAAGGAAAAAUAGCUGAUAAAACCUUUGCCAGUCAAACCACAACUUGGUAUGCAGCUUGGUUAGCUCUUCUGCAACACAUAGCAGGCAGC